GCCGCCGCCGCCGCGGGCGCACUAGCCGGUCGCAGUGAAAAGGCGGAGGUGGCGGCCGCUCCGGCUCGGCUCCGGUUCCCAGUGCCUCCCCCGCCGCACCCUCUCCCCGCCUCCUGCACCCGCCAAACUUGAUGUGACCCCAGCCCGACGCGGCGGCUGCCCCUCUCACCGCCCCGCGGGCCCCACCGCCACCCGCCCCGCACCCCGGAGCGCACCGCUCACCGCGCCCCUUCCCACCUCCGCGCCCUCCGCGCUCCCUUCCCCUGCCACCCCCUCCCCCGCACCAUGAGCAGCCUGAAGCCGGACGGCGAGCACAGCACCAGCACGGGCACGGGCACCGGCACGGGCUCCGGCGGCGGCGCCCUGGAGGAGGAGGUCCGGACGCUGUUUGUCAGCGGCCUCCCUGUGGACAUUAAACCCAGAGAACUCUACCUGCUCUUCCGGCCAUUCAAGGGGUAUGAAGGGUCUCUGAUCAAGCUCACUGCAAGACAGCCUGUUGGUUUUGUGAUCUUUGACAGCCGGGCAGGAGCAGAAGUGGCCAAGAAUGCGUUGAAUGGUAUUCGCUUCGAUCCUGAGAACCCACAGACCCUGAGGCUAGAGUUUGCCAAAGCCAACACCAAAAUGGCCAAGAGCAAGCUAAUGGCAACACCAAAUCCCAGCAAUGUGCACCCUGCCCUAGGAGCACACUUCAUCGCACGGGACCCCUAUGACCUGAUGGGGGCUGCUCUGAUCCCUGCAUCCCCAGAGGCCUGGGCCCCCUACCCUCUGUACACCACGGAGCUGACCCCAGCCAUCUCCCAUGCUGCAUUCACCUACCCAGCUGCCACUGCCGCCGCCGCUGCCCUCCAUGCUCAGGAAUUCCGUGCUCUCCCAGUGAGGGGCAGGUUGCCAGCAUCAGUGCCCCCGGCUGCAAGGCCCCCCUGGCAUAGCGUGGCCCACCUGGAUUGGGCUUCCUGGAGAAGAGGAUGUCCUCAUAGCCUCUCCCCUGCGCCUCUGUCCUCGGAGGAGGGAGAUCAGGUGGUGCUUUCCCGUUCUUAGGAUGAAGAAACUGGUGCCUAGAGGUGCGCUGGUACCCUUCCUCUGAUACCACCCAGCAAGGAUGGAAGUAUCGUCAGUUCUGUUAGUUCUUCAGUAAGUGUCGGCCCUGGAGGCCCAGCUCGAACACUGUGCUGGACUCUGACCUCCUGCAGGGCCGCGGUUCCUCCCCGGCCUGAGUCCUGGGCACUCUCGAGGCCGAGCCCAGAGCUUGUUCCCUGAUGGGUCCGCCUGGUUUUGCCUGUUUUUUCCCCUUCUCCUCCUGCCCUGUGACCGCCUGCCACCCACCUGUGCAGCCUCUCCCCGAGGGAAGGCCUGGGGUCAGUCCAGUCCUACACCUCUGCUCAUGGCCACCUCUCUCCCCUCCGUCCAGGUCUUGUCACCGGGGAGUUGGUUCUGAAAUCUGUAUGGUGGUGCCUGAAUCGGCACCCUGAGCUUCCACUGCCCCCAGGUGGCCUGUGCAGAGCUGCCACCCUCCAGAGACUGUGAAUCUGAAGCCUGACUCAGUGGACUGCUUCCUAUUUCCCUUCCCUCCUCCUCCUCAGCCCUGUUCUGCACCCCAAUGCCUUUCCCCAAGGCUUCCCAGGAGGAUUUGGGGACCUUCCUGCUGGGGCACCCAGAUCCAGCCUGGAGCAGCCUCACUGGGACCCACGAGGUCUGACCUCCCGCCCAGACUUGCUUCUGUAGCUCCACCUCCACCAAGGAAACAAGGCGUUUAAUUUUGCAUGUUUUCUGGCAUGAAUUAAGACACUUAAACUUGUGUAUAUGUGAGUGUACAGUUUGUCCUCCCACUGUGUCACCAUAGCAACAGGUCCUGGCCAUCAGUGGUUUGUCAUGCCUGGUCCCUCUCCACCCGCCCCGCACCACCGCUUCAGGGGGGCCCGAGCCCUGUAGCUGGUCCUGGCCCCUGGGGCCUGGUGCCCCCGCCACCCCCACACACUUCAGGCUCCACCACCACCCAGCAAAGGCGUAGUUCUCUCGUUUCAAAUCCGGGUCCUCCACUUUCCUCCUCAGAUGGGCCAAUGAUCCUAAGAAAACCCUUUCUCUGCCCACCUCGCUUCCCUCUCCGUCGAGUACCCCGCCCACCUUGCUCCUCGUUCUUUCCAAACCUCGAAACCAACCAAAAUGGUGAAGAGUAUUUUUGUACCCUGUGUAACAAAAUAUUUAUGCAUCAUAAAGGAUUUUUCAUGUGUGUACCAUUAAUUAUUAAAGAGACCUUGUUCGCCCUGUCAGAUGAGUUUAAUGUUUAGUUUGAGGCAUGAAGAAGAAAAGGGUUUCCAUUCUUCAGCAAAAGGCUUUGUGUCAGGCGUUAGGUUGAGAGAAAUGAAAUGAAGGAAAAACUGUGCAAUUUUGUUUUGUUUUGUGAGCAUAUCAGUGCUUUACCUUUAGCUGCAGCUGUGACUGUCUUGCCAUUUCAGACUUGGGAGACUAGCUGGCUGUUGCAAUUGCUGAUCCUGUGAGAAUGUGAAACUGGAUAAUAUAUGAAAUGCAAAAUAAAAAAAGUCAAAAUGA